AUGAUAACCACUUUCUUGAACUUUAUAUUCGUCUGGAAUAGAGCUGUACCUCGAAAUGUUGCUGUCGGCCCUCAGUGUAAACCGCUAAUCCGUCCCCUUGCAGUUCAGGAAAUAAAUAAGUCUUUAGGACCGGGUCAGACAGUUACAAGCACUUUUACUCUUGGAGGUUCAGCUAGUAAGCCGACUUGCUCCACCUCUACUGGUAUCAAAACACUUACUCAGAACACUCAAGCAGCAUCCGAUAUUUCGGUACCAUCUUCACGUCAACGCGACAUGGCUGAAACUAAUCGGCAGCAGACAAAAUCUCCGAGGCAGUCAGCCUCAACAACCUCCUUAAUGAAAUCUUCUACCGGUACCCCCAGCGAGAAGCCUCCAUCUUCUACGUCGUCAUCUUCAAGAAAAAGAAAACGUAAGAAUGUCAACACAUGCCUAAAAAUGUCUAUCUUAUUGGGCUAUAAUUACUAA